AUGGGAGACCGCACUGCCUCUCCUCCUCUCGAGAUGCGUCGCAGCACCUCCACUCCGUUUCUACGAGAACAGCGCCAAACGACUCGUGCUGCCACCUUCGCUGAGGGCGUGCGUCCCACCCAACCUCCAGGUCUUACUCGGCGUCGCAGCUCCCUCUUCUCGUCCUCUUCCUUCGACGAUGCUCGUCAUUCCAUAAAGUCUUCCACCGAUGAUCUUCUGAGUCCUGGCGCCCUCGAGAAAUUGACGUCUGAAGACACCUCGCAUUGGCACUCGGUGCCUCUGGUGUUUGCCAUUCUUCCAGCCGUCGGAGGUCUGCUGUUCAACAAUGGCAGCUCAGUUGUCACAGAUAUACUGCUACUUGGCUUGAGCACCAUGUUCCUGAACUGGUGCGUGCGCACUCCAUGGGACUGGUACAACUCAGCACAGCAUGUGCUCAUAAUAUCCAAGCAAAUUGAUGAUGAGCCUUCUGAAACAAUUUUUGAAGAGGAUAGUGACGCCGAAGAAAAUACUGGUCAAGACCAGAAGCCAUCGGACAGUAUUCUUACUCCCGCUGCGGAGCCUAUUGGUCAACAGAAACAGAAACAGCGGCAGACAGAUGAGCAGAAAUAUGCGAGUGCUGAGUUGCGGAGAAACGAAUUGUUGUCUCUCGCAGCUUGCUUUGCUGGCCCAGUAUUAGGCGCCUACCUUUUGCAUUACAUUCGCUCAUACCUGACACGCCCAUCCGAGGGUUUGGUCUCGAACUACAAUCUGACAAUCUUUGUACUAGCUGCAGAACUGCGGCCGGUAUCGCAUCUGAUUAGACUACAGCGUGCUCGUAUCAUGCAUCUCCAGCGCAUCGUGCAACGCGAGCCUUCCCCACCUGAGGCGGUUGACAGCCAAGCAGUGCAGGAUAUCUUGAUGCGAGUAGAAGCAAUCGAGUCUCGUGCUGCGGAACAGGAAACCCGUGACGGGACUGAUCUUUCUCAGAAGGAUACUCGGGUCACGGAGAUAAGUGCGUCAGUCCGCCAAACCGUGCAACCGCAGCUGGAUGCCUUAAAUCGCGCUGUUCGCAGAUAUGAGAAGAGAUACACGACUCAGACCAUACAAAAUGAAGCGCGUCUCCAUGACCUCGAGGUCCGACUCAAAGAUGCGCUAUCUCUGGCAGCCGCUGCUGCUCGAACCGGGCAGAAGCCGGGUGUCAUCGCGAAGCUUCUGCAAUGGAUCAGUAGCUGCUGCUCUUUUUGGAUGAAUGGUAUUUUCAGCAUCAUCAUAUACCCAUUUCAAGUAUUCAUGGAUCUAGUCGGUGGCAUAAAGCACUGGAUAGCACCGACUGGUAGGUCUGAAGUUUCGAGGAAGCGCCCUCUCAAUAAAGGGAGCGCCGGCCGGCAUGUGUCACCUGGCACGGGUCGCUUACAUGCAUCUCGUGGGCGGCCACGAUGA